AUGGGUGAGCCUAUUGACGUUAGUGGCGACGGUGGAGUUCUCAAAACCGUGUUAAAACCCUCAGAUUCCAACGAAUCGCCAGAAAACGGUCACGAGGUGGAGGUCCAUUACACAGGGAAGCUGGAGUCUGGGAAAGUUUUCGAUUCGUCAUAUGAUCGGAACACCACCUUCAAGUUCGAGCUGGGCAACGGGAACGUGAUCAAGGGGUGGGACCUCGGGGUCUCCACCAUGAAGGUUGGCGAACGCUCCGAGUUCGUCAUUCAGCCCAAUUACGGCUAUGGAGAAUCUGGAGCCGGCGAGUCGAUACCGCCGAAUUCCGUUUUAAAGCUACGAUUUCUGCCUCUGGCCCUACCCCUUUACUUAUUUUUAACCCUCUUGCAGUUUGAAAUUGAGCUCAUCAACACCCGCGUCAAGCCGAAGAACAAGUGGGAGCUUUCCAUCGACGAGAAGAUUCAGGUCUCCAGGGACCUCAAGGCCCAGGGGAACUCCAAGUUCAGCUUCGGCAACUUCACCUCCGCCAUCUCCCUGUACUCUGAGGCCGUCGACUACUUGGACGAGGCCUCCGAGUGGCCUGAGGAGUCUCGGAAGGAGGCAAACACCACUCUGCUGCAGUGCCACUUGAACUUGGCCAACUGCCACCUGAAGGUCGCCAACUACAAGAGUGCUGAGUCGAGUGCCAGCGAGGCCCUAAAGCUCGACAAGGCCAGCGUCAAGGGCUACUUCAGGAGGGCCCUUGCUCGAAUCCACGAGUUCGAGUUUGAAAAGGCCAUUGGCGACCUCAACGAGGUCCUAAAACUCGACAGGGACAACAAGGACGCCUUGAACUACUUGAGCGUUGCCAAGAGCAGGCUGCGGGAGUGCAAUGAAAAGGACAAGAAGGGUAUUAUGGUUGACCUGGGUAAUAUGGGUACUAUGGUUGCUAUGGGUAAUAUGGGUAAUAUGGUUACUCAGUGUAUUAUGGUUGCCCUGGGUAAUAUGGCUCUGCACAGAUGCAACGCCAGGAGCUGUCGAAGUCGGUUCUAG